AUGCCCAUAUUUGCACUUGUCACGCCAUCUCCAUGCAAUGCGCCGACCAAGGGCUGUGGUGGUCGCUUUCUGAACACAAAGAUUUCUGGUGGUGGUAAGGGUGAGACUGAGGACCCGACUGCUAAAGGCCAACCCAUUCAGCCCACUGAGUCUCAGAACUCUGAAGUUCUGCAAUCUGAUAGUGGAAAUUUGAAAUCACCAAAGGAGUGA